AUGCUGCGCCAGGCCAUAAAAGGAGCCCGAUGGUGUCAGCAUGUCGCUCGCAGCUCAGCGACACGCGCUCCACGCCGGGCCUUUUCCGCCGCACCUCCGCGACGUCUUGAUUUUGGCGGACCGAACGAUAAAGUGAAUUUCUACGAACAAGAGACCCCCAAAGGCAAACGGCAGCCGGUUGAUCCUGAAGCAGAGGAUAAUUUAGAGCGAGAGGAUGUCGCCAAACAGCUAGCGCAACUUGACGAUGAGCUGAAGGUUUUGGAAGACGGUCCUUUUGCUCCAAACAGCCCUUUCAUACAGAGUCUGCCGGAGGAGGACAGAAAGAUUGCUUUGGAAGCUCUGCGGAAAUUUGAUGAGGAAAAUCCCCCAGCCGAGGACGAGCCUUCACUGGCGGAGGUCUUCGACAAUGAGCUUGAGGACAUGCUACGGGAAGAAUUCGAAGGCCUUGCCACGGAAGAAGAAAACUGGGAGGAUGGUGUCAAAUCAAGAAAACGCCUCGCUGCCAAAAAGGCUGCUGCUGCGAAGCGAGCAGGUGCUGAAUCACACCCAUACGCCAUCAAAUUGAACAACGCUUUACGACAAUUCCAGGAGAAGGAGUCAGACGAGCGGGCUCGACAGGAAUUGUGGAAGUGGUACAGGAGAUGCAAACAGACGAUUCCUGGAUUUUUGUCUAUCAUGCCCACGGGUACACUGGACGCAGUCUGGAACGCGCAAGCAACGGGAGAGGCCGACGCAGCUUUGCGCUCAACACAUAUGCAAACCUUGGUUCAAGAUGCCGCAUCGAUCGGACAAGGGCUCAGUACGCCCCAGAUAUUGUUCUUCAUUGUAUGUUUACACGAUGCCAGCGCCACCAGUCUUGCUUUGGAGCAAUGGGAGGCGUAUCAGGCCGAAUUAUCCCAAAAGAAACAGGACUUGGAGGAAUAUUGGAAACUCGGUGUUCGAUUGUUUGCAGCAGACGAAAAUCCUCAGAGAGCCCAAGACAUUGCUUUGGCCUUCUUGGCGAACGAUAAGACUCGCCAGCCGCGGGUGCUCAUUCCAAUCAUUAUAGCCUGGGGAAAGCUGUCUGGAAAAGAGGCUGAAGUAAAAGCCUGGGCACUUUACCUGCAGCUCAAGACGUUGCUUGGCUCGGAAAUGACCAUGGAAGACUAUGACCAGAUCAGUAUUGGUCUUCUUGCCGCAGGCCGGUUGGAUACAGCCGUUGCGAUCUUCAAGGAUAUGAUGGUGACAGGACAAGACCCAGCUAAUGACUCAACUGCUUUGUAUAAAUCUGCUCUGGGUCUAGCGGGAAGUCUUCAAGCAUCUAGCAUCAACGAAAAUGCCGUGAACAAGGUUUCCUUGUCUGUGCUCAAGGUGCUACCUCGUCGGUUCGAGAACCGAUUUUUCUAUGCUAGCUGGAUGAAGAAACUCAUUGGCAUGGGUGAGGUCGACUCAGCGGCACUGGUCAUUGAACUCAUGUAUGAGCGUGGUGUGAAGCCUGAUAGCAAGCACCUGAACGGAAUCAUCGCGGGCUGGCUUCGCGAUGGAACCACAGCUGCACGCGAUAAAGCAGAGCGACUUGCUUGGUCCAUGGUCCAACACCGCAUCGAUGCUGCAUGGAAACGGUUCCAGCCAGCCGCCAUCUCUCCUCGUCUUCAAGUGACGCAUGAGCCGGAGGUCUGUCUACCUCGCUUCAUGCAGAGAGAGGUCCCACCUGCAACAAUUGAAACAUUCUCCAUUCUCCUUUUACAUUACACACGUCGUGGUGAUGACGAUAUGGUCAAAUACUUGAUCAAGUGUCUCGGAGACGCUCAGAUCAAACCAAACUCCUACUUCAUGAACCAUCUCCUAUACGCAGAACUCCGAAAACAGGACGUUCGUUCUCUCUGGUCCAAGUUCCAAAACAUGUCUGCGGCCAUUCGGCCCGACCUGGAAACAUAUGCCUGUCUCUGGGACUGUGGGAAACUCCAAUAUGACCGCGGGCGCACUGCCUUCGACAUAGGAUUCCCAUCCGCACGUCAGCUGUAUGCCAGCAUGCUGUCUUGGUACUCACAACUACCACCCAGCACCCAGAAAGCCACACGGGAGCAGAUGCCCAAGGAACUAUACGAUCAAAUCAUUCGAUGCUUUUGUCUUUCGAAGGAUGUUUCUGGCACACUAGUCGCCAUCCACUCAAUGCGAUCCAUAUUCGGCUUCGCCCCCGACGACACCACCGCCCGCCUGAUCGUCCUCCAAGUCGCGCGCCUAGCCGCCGUACCAGCCGACACUCCAAAGCGCCGUCUACGUCGCUUGUCUUCGACGCCACGCAGCAAAGAAAACAUCGGUCAAGUUAGCCGCUUGUUGGAGUUAUUGGGUGAUCGCAAGGCCGAAAGCUUGCGGGUGCAGGGACUGACUGUUGACCAACUGGAUCCGGAGGAAAUGAAGCAGUAUCAAAUGGAGAUCAUGGGUAGCAUGCUACGCAUCGUUCUGAGUCGAACUGAUGGCUUGGAUCCGGCUCAGAUCGAGGAUAAAUUGGAGACAGUGGCGAAGGAAAUGACGGUCGAGCAGAUCGACUUGGGAUCGCCCUUGGGAAUGUACGAUAGCAAGCUUCUGUGA